CCCCACUCCCCUGCUCGCUUCCGCUUCUCCGCUCCCAAACCUUCCCAACCAGCAGCUCUCUAGGGUUUUCGCCGCCGCCGCCCAUGGCCGCCACUCCGGACCGCGCCAAUGCCGACCUCCGUCGCCGCCUCGCCGUCGACACCCCUCCGCCGCCCCAGAUCGCCAGAGAGAAGCAAGGCCUUGAUACUGAAAUACCCCUUUCUCCUCAGUGGCUUAUGAAGGUGGGAGAAAACAGGGAUCCUGUUUCACAGGGUAUCCGCUCAGAUCUUUCAAAGACAUCAGGGACUGGUGAAGACCCAGGCUACAGCGCGAAGAAAAAAGAUAUUUUCAGGUCUUCUGUGCUUGAUGGUGAAACUGGGCGCCGUGACCGCUGGCGCGAUGAUGAAAGGGAACCCAAUUCGACCCAUCGGUGGAGUCGCUGGAGGGAGACAGAUAAGGAACAUGGUGAUGCACGCAAAGUGGAAAGAUGGUCAGAUGACACCUCCAAGCAUUCUGUAGAUGGUCAUCGUGUUCCGCAGGAGCGCUGGGGCGAUUCCAAUAAUAAGGAAGGCAGUUAUGACCAACGGCGUGAGAAUAAGUGGGCUGCACGUUGGGGUUCCAAUGAUAAGUGGGGGGAUUCAGGUAAAGAGGGUGAUGCUUCCCGUGGAAAAGGUUUCUCUCACUAUGGAAAGGAUGUCAACAGUUACGAAAAGGAUACUGAAAAGGAUGACAAUGUUUCUCGUUCAUGGAAAUCUAGUUAUUCUGCGGGCCGUGGGCGUGGAGAUUUGCCUCACUAUCCUUCUCAGACUCCGCAGAAAUCAUCUGCUACUUAUGGAUAUGGUAGGGGGAAGCCAGACAAUGAUUUUGCAAAUUUUCCAAACAAUCGUGGAAAGUUCACAUCUGGUACAAGUGCAAUCAGUAGUGGAUCUUCACGACCAUUCCAUCUUGGUCUACUUUCUGACAGACCUGGUGGUGUAUCAGAUCGUUCAGCAUUCAGAUAUAGUAGGAUGAAGUUGCUUGACAUAUACAGAAGUUGUGAUGUCACUGAUUUUAAGUUAUCUGUCGAUUGUUUGGAGGAAGUCUCUGUGUUCAUGCAAGAAGAUGCUUUGGAACCUUUAGCACUAUCUGCUCCUGUUGCUGAAGAAGCGGCCAUUCUAAAAGCAAUUGACAAAGGGGAUAUCAUAAACAGUGGUGUCCAUCAGGCUUCUAAAGAUGGUUCUGCUGGAAAAGCUGGUAGAGAAGAGCAGCCAGGAGGCGUAGAAGUCUCAGGUGUUGCUGGAAAUACUGAUUCGACAGCAAGAGGGGAGUCAAUGCGUCCUGGGACAUCUACCUAUGUUGUUCCACAAAGGUCUCAGUUUACUGGAGAACAUAAGCUUGGGCCAUCUGAAUUUGGGCAUCAAAUACCUAGUUUCUUAAAUCAAGAAACUAAAACUGUUGGCAUGAUGGGUUUUGAUAACUUCGCCAGUCCAGUGCAGCCUCAUCCUAAUCCAGAAAGCCUCUCUCUGUACUACAAAGAUCCACAAGGUCAAAUUCAAGGCCCCUUUUCUGGUGCUGACAUUAUUGGCUGGUUUGAGGCAGGUUAUUUUGGCAUUGAUUUGCUGGUUCGUCCAGUGAAUGCCCCCCCUGAUAUUCCUUUCUUAAUGCUUGGGGAUGUUAUGCCUCAUCUGAGAGCAAAGGCAAGGCCCCCGCCAGGAUUUGCCACUUCAAAGCCAAGCGAUAUGCUAGCUCCGGAGACCCAACCUACAGGGAAGUUUGUCAGCUCUAGCAUGCAAGCAGGAUCAGCUGGCAUCGGAAUAUUUGACAGUGGGCCAAGCAGGAAAGACAAUCCUGUUGAGGCUCAAAAUCGUUUCCUGGAGUCACUUAUGUCCAAUAGUGUGCGGAAUCCUUCGGCAGACACUAUCUCUUUAACAGGAGGUAUGAAUGAACUUGGCAGUAGUAGCUUUGGCAACAUUUCUGUGCGUGGAGGUGAGAGUGGGGUCAAUAUGAACUAUCUUUUGGCACAAAAAGGACUGUUGGAGAGGCAAAAUUCUUUGCAAAACCCUGUUACAUAUUGGACAGGAGAUGCUGCUCCAGCAUCACAAGCACAUCCAAUGGCUGAUACAUCUCGCCAAUCUUUGCAAUCCCAGAAUGUUGAUUUACUAGCCAUGCUGCAAUCAAAGGAGAAACCUCAAGUUGCUACUGGUAAUUCUGGACUGCCACUAUGGCCCAAUUACCCUGAAGCAAGAAAUGUUAAUCCUAACAUGCAUGGUGGAGAUCUUGCUCAAGGGGUUCUUAAUAUGCGUCAAGAUCUGCAGAACUCCCAGAACAUUGGUAUUGGUGUUCAACAGCACAACUUAAUGCCACAAAACCGACCAGCUUUGUCUCAUUUGCCACCUGAGAAGCUUGCCGAGAUAUCUCAAGAUCCACAGCUGUUAAAUAUGCUUCAGCAGCAAUAUCUUUUGUCACAACUACAGUUGCAGUCACAGACACCUUUGACACCUCAGCCACAACUCUCUAUGUUGGACAAGAUGUUAUUGCUCAAGCAGCAGCAGCAACUUCAGCAGCAGCAGCAACUUCAGCAGCAACAGCAGCAGCAGCAACAACAACUGCAACAGCAGCUGCAGCUGGAGCAGCAACAAAAGCUAUUGUUGCAGCAGCAACUACUUUCUCAGAUGGUACCUCACGUUCAUCCCAAUCAGCACACUGAUGAUUCUUAUACAUUGAAGCAUACUUCUGUGCCAUCUGAUGAUUCUAUGGGUCUUGGUCUUAGAAGAAUGCAAGAGACUAUCGAAGUCGAUCAGAAAUUGCCUGUCCAUGGUAUGCAGGUGGGGCAGCAACCUAAUCAGUCAAUUAUGAAUUUUAGAAAUAUGGAUGGUGUAGCUUUAUCUCAAAGCUCUCCUGGAAUGUUGGAAGAUUUUGCGAAUGUCGACUUACAAUUGAAAUCAACUAUGGUAAACUCAAAGCUGGUGGAAGCUGCAGAUAGAAACGAGGGGUUUAAAUCUCACGAAGUGGGCACUGCAGCAGAAAAAAACAUGUCUGGAAAGGAUUUGGAUUCUGGAUCUACUAGGAUUAUAGGGAGUGCUUCAGAUGAAGCUAAGGAUUUACAUGAACCACCACUAGAUCCAAAGUCAGAAAAUGUAUUAUCUGAUAUAUCUGGUCAGGUUCAAGAAUUGAAUCUGUCGGCAGAAAAUACCUCUUCUGGCAUUGUGACAGCUGUGGCAACUGAAGUAAAAGUUACUGAUACACAGGAGACCAAGAAAGCAGAGAAGAAAAAGAAGCAAAAGAAAAAACAGGCUGCUGCAGAUGCUGGCAAAGGAGCAUCAAAGGCGGUUUCAGCCCAGCAACCAAGGCAGGAAACUGAGGUUGACAGUUCUGAUCUUGGUGGUAAUAAGCAUGAUUUACCAGAUGACACAGAGGAACUAUUUUGGGGUUCACCUAUCAGAGUGCAAAAUGAGAUAUUACCCCCCAAAAGUCUUCCAGAGGAAUAUGACGCUGGCAAAGCUGAAUCACAGUUCAGUUCUCUAUCAUCUGAUCCUCAUAGCAUGGCAAGCCAGCGUGCAUGGAAACAACCUACUCAGGGUCCCAGGCCUAAGUCACUGCUGGAAAUCCAAGCUGAGGAACAAUUGCGUGCACAGAAAGGAUUAGCUACUGAAACUGCUAAGCCAGCAGCUUCAGUCCCUUCAAUUCCUUGGAAUGGCAUGACAAUAUCCUCCGAGCAACAUUAUGGGGGUUCAAGUAAAUCAUUGGGAAGCACGGAAAGUGCUGGUGAGAGAAAUAAAAGAAGCCAGUUGCAUGAUUUACUGGCAGAAGAAGUUCUGGCGAGGUCAAGCAUUGCAGAUAAUGAGAACUUAGGUAAUGCCAAUGAUGCAUUUUACCCUCCUCUGUCGCCUGCUGCUGUUCAGCCUCAGCCUGCUGCUCCUGCUCUUGAUGAUAAUGACUUCAUUGAGGCCAAGGACAAAAAGAACAAAAAGAAGGCAGCAAAAACAAAAGCUUCUACUGUGAAAGCUCCAUCACCUGUUGGUUCCUUUGAUCCACCAGCUAUUUCAAUGCCCUCUGAAAAGGGAAAGUCUGUCAAGCAAGCACAACAGGAGUUAGAAAUAUUGCCAGCUCCACCAAGUGGUCCAUCCUUUGGUGAUUUUGUUCUUUGGAAGAGUGAUCAGACUAGCUCUGUGCCUGCUCCAGCAUGGUCUAAUGACUCAGCAAAGGUACAGAAACCUUUGUCUUUGAGAGAUAUUCAGAGAGAACAAGAAAGGAGAACCGCUUAUGUCCAGCAACAAGCACCCUCACCAACUCCAGCAAAGGUGGCCCCGAACCAUAAAAGUCAGGGGAAUGCUUCUUCCCGGCAAGCUUCUGGAUCAUCUCCAUCACAGGCAGUUGCCCCUGUCCAAAUAAGUUCCAAUGCUCCCAGUCGUUCCAAGUCAAUUGCUGAAGAUGAUUUGUUUUGGGGCCCUUCUGAGCACUCCAAACAAGAUAAAAAGCAGUCUGAGUUUCCAUCUCUGUCAAGUCAGAGCAGAAGUUCCAUGAUGAAGGAUCAAUCUCCACUGAAUCGUCAAAAGUCUCAGGCAGGCAGAUUGCCAGUUUCUUCUGCUGCUACUGCCAACCAAUCUGGCAAAGGGAAAGCAGAGGCUGCGAACAAGCAGACUGAGGCAAUGGACUUCAGAGAUUGGUGUGAGAGUGAAUGGGCCAGGCUCACUGGAACAAAUGAUAUAAGCUUCCUUGAGUUCUGCAUAAAGCAAUCAACUACCGAAGCGGAGAUGCUCCUUCACGAGAACAUUGGUUCUCUUGACCGCAGUCACCAGUUCAUCGACAAGUUCCUCAACUACAAGGCCUUCCUGUCAGCAGACGUGAUCGACAUGGCCUUCCAAGCUCCCAACACGCGUGGUACCCGCGGUGACGGCGCAGGGCGUGCAAACGCUGCUCCUGCAGCCAGAGGAGGCACGAGCGUGGACGCGGAGCUGGAUGUUGUCGGGAAGAAGAAAGGCAAGAAGGGGAAGAAGGUGAGCGCGGCAGUGUUGGGGUUCAACGUGGUGAGCAACCGUAUAAUGAUGGGCGAGAUCCAGAACGUUGAUUAGGAGGACGACGGCGGACGGACCGUGUACAUAACCUUUUGGUUUUCCCUCCAGGACAUCCAUCGCCGCAUGACCCAUAUACAGACAUAGUUUAACCUCUUGUUAUAUGCUGAAGUUUCGGGCUUAAGGGAAGAUGGGUGUGUGUCCCCAGUCUUGCUCGGAAUGGAGCAGUCUAGUCUUUUGAUAGACCUGUUUUUGCUGAGGGUGGGAAACUGAGUUUUAGAUGCAGGGUCAUGCGGUUGGUGAUUUUGGGUUCCUGUAACAUUUGGUUAGUGUCCUGUAACAGACAGAAAAUAUUUUCUUCUCAAUAGAAACUCACCAGAGAACAUAGAUGGAUUCAGUUCA